AUGAAAGAAAAAGUAUGGCUGAGGCAGCGCAUCUGCCAAGUGUCCUGGGGCUGGUAUGCCAGUUCGAUGAGCACGGGGGGCAUUGCCCUUCUGCUGCAUCAGACACCGCAUCAAUUCACAGGCCUGCAGACCAUUGGAAAGAUAUUCUUCAUCUUCAAUCUGGUUCUGUUCCUCUCAAUAUGCACGGCCAUGGUUAUCCGAUUCACCUCUGAUCCAUCCUCUCUAAAAGCCUCUCUCCAAGAUCCGAAUGAAUCGCAUUUCCUGGCAACCGCCAUCCUCGCCAUCGCAACCAUCAUCAUGGGAAUCGCAUCAUAUGGUACCUCCUCCUGCGGUCCAUGGCUCAACGUUGCCCUCCGCGUUCUCUUCUGGAUCUACGCCGCCGUGUCGAUCUUCUUCGCCGUCAUCCAGAAUUGGUAUCUUUAUUCUGUCAAAAUGGCCAGUCGACAACCAUUUGCCCUCGUCCGACUAUUACCUUCCUUCCCAGCAAUGCUAUGUGGCACGAUGGCAUCUAUCGUCGUAUCUGGAGAACCACCCGUCCAAGCCAUCCCCAUCCUCUUUGGUGGAACGACUCUACAAGGCUUCGGUUUCCUCAUGUCUCUUUUCAUCUACGCCGAGUUCGUCUACCGACUGAACAAAUCAGGCUUACCGAAACCAUCCGAGCGACCUGAAAUGUUCAUCGCCGUAGGCCCGCCAAGCUUCACUUCCAUCGCCAUAAUCGGCAUGGCAAGCGAAGCGACAACGAAAUUUCCAGAGCAGUAUAUUAUCUCUGCAUUCGACGCCCCCAGAGCAAACACCGCAGUAUCAACGGCCGACAUCGCCGUAGUACUAGCCACACUGACAGCAGUAUUCAUGUGGACGAUGGCGUUUUUCUUCUUCUGCAUCGCAGCACUAAGUACCCUGUCCGCAUGCAACUUACACGGGAAAGGGGAAAUGGGCAUCUCGUUAGCGUGGUGGAGUAUGGUCUUCCCGAAUACAGGGUUUAUCCUCGCGAUUAUCAAGAUCGGACAGGCACUGGAAUCUAAUGCCAUCUUGUGGGUGUCGAGUAUCUUGACUAUCUUACAGGUGGCGAUGUGGUUAUUUGUUGGGGGUGCACAUGUUUGGGGUGUUUAUACGAGGAGACUACUAUGGCCGGAGGAGAUACAUGAGAGUUGA